AUGCCAAAAUUUUACGCUGCCGAAGAUGUCACAGAACCAGGGACGGGAAUAAUUGCUUUAGAAGACCUUGGCGACCGCGUAAAAACGAUGGACCUUUUUCCUGGUCUGUCAUUAAUCCAGUUUGACGCUUGCCAGAUGUUUGAGAAGAUUCGACCAGAUUUGUUCAAAUCAAAAGUAUCAGCAAUGAGGGAGUACUUUAGCCUUGAGGCGGCGACGAGCGCCCAUCACUCUUAUAAAGAAUUAGGAGUCCCUCCAGCUCCAGUCCACUUCGACAUGAAUCCCACAAACUUAUUAUGGGACAAGGAAAUGAGGAAGCUCAUUGCAAUAGUUGACUAUCAACUUCUCCACACCGGUAAUUUCGCUGAAGACAUCGCGCGGACGUUGAUGCUCACAAUGUCGCGACAGCAACGAUGGAGCCAUACGAACGCACUCCUCAAGCGUUACCACGACACACUAACAUCACUGUCAAACGGCAAUCCGCCUUACGCCAUUUCCAAGGUGUACGAGGCAUACGAAUGGAUCUUCCCCUACUCCAUGAACUUCGGAUUGUUUGCUAUGGCCAACUACUUUGACAUGUACAAUAGGCUAGAACAAGAUGAGGUGAAAAGAAGAGAGAUUCAAAAUGAGAUCACUGACAGAGCCUAUGGGGCAAUAAUUGAUGCUGAGCGAUACAUUCGUCUACGGCAAAACUCGCGAAGUCCUCGAAGGGUCUAA